UUCAUUUACGUCAUAUAUUCAGGAUUGGGGUCUUUGAAGCUUUCACUGAUAUUUUUUUCGCCCUUUGCACUCCUACUUCGCACUUUAAGGAAGUUCUGAGGUAGAUUGAUCGACAGCAUUCAGUAGACUGAAGACUGUGACUUAUUUGGAAAAUGAGAUCGAAAAAGUAAACUGUGGAGUGCGUUUAGAAAACGGCUCGGUCUCGGCAUGGAACAAGUAGAAAGUGGUGCGAGACACAAGAGAUUUGCCAAGCCAUUUUGCAGAAAUGUGUAUUUGAUAAGGAACAGUGAUUUUAGAGGGAUAGAUGGUCAAAGUUACAUGCCUACACAGAGUGAAUUAGCAAAUCUACGAAAGUCUCCCGACCUGUAUAAACAGAAAGUAACAUUUUAUCGGAAUAUGUCGGAAAAAAUGGUUAUGGAAAAGCUUGAGGAAACAUUUCCCUAUUUGAGUGGUAAGAGUUAUACCUGUACAGUUGGUUCUUCAAGCCCUGUCAAAUGCAUGUCGACAUCUCACGAUGAAUACGCAGGAAUUUGGGAUGGAGAGACCAUAUGGAAGAACAUACAGGGCAACUCAGCUCUAUACAUUUUGGAAGUUGAGAUGAACAGUUCGAAUGACUUGGCUGAAGCUUCUGAGCGAUUACAACAGCCGUGUUCGACAGAGGCCAUGGAAACGUCUCAACGAUUCUCUUCAAACGAAACAGCUAUAAAGGGUCUUAACCCCUGGUCUACCAACCCACAUUUAUUCCGCCGUUCUUCAGUUAAGGACUCCUCUUCACUAGUUACAGACACUAACGAAAGCAGUCCAUUUCAGAAUACCACACACCUACCUAGUCCAGAGGCCAAGUUCACUUCUGAGACUUUGGAGUUGUAUGAUAUUACAAGCUCCUCUUCAAAUAUCCUCACCACCUCAAGUCACAAUGGAAUUUCUGAAUUUGCUGAUGAAUUUCCCUUAGAAGAUCUGCCUCUAGAUGAAGAGAUUCCUGAGGUGAAGUUUGACUCAAAUGCAGAAAAGAAUUCCUUUGAGGGGCUAUGUUUUGCGUACCCUAAAAUGGCAGAUGAUGAUGACCACAUAGGAACUUCAGAAAUCAACAAUUGCGAACACUUUUAUCAAGACUGUUCGUUGAAUUCCACCGAGAUGUCUGACAGCUCAGCUGAUAAUACCAAUACGACGAGUGGUAUUUCUGGGUUUGAUCACAACCAGUCCCUAGAUGAUCUGUCACCGCAUGAAGAUGAGCGCUUUGACUUCAGAGUCACGCCGGAAAAGGUUCCCUUACAGGGUAGUGACUUGUGUCGUUUCAAAUCUGAUCGAGCGUUUCCGAGGAAUGUGCAGUUUGCCUUGGCUAUCUUCGAGCAUCUAGAAACUGUAAAUGUUAAGAGGUUUGGCGAUGACUCCCUUGUUGGAGAGAAGAUUCCACAUAUUCUAAAGAGAGCAAUGACGCCCCAAACUACCCCCAGACGAUCGACUGGUCAGAGCUUGUUACAGCUGCAGAGGAAGCACAAAAGCAGCCCAUUCUUAGCAGUGAAGAAAAGGGUAAUCAUCUUGAAAGGAAUGCCUUAGAGGACACUGGCUAUUUGGGAGACAUCGAAACCUCGUCUAACGAAUCUUGCGAGAGCGUAAGCCCCGAGUCUGAAGACAGCAUUCCUCUGGAAACUUCUAAAGAAAGUGGUCAUUACUCAGACGGGACUCCAACCACAACUGAUCCAGAUAACAAGGGCUUUGGGAGGGAUGAAGAAAUAGCAAAUGGAGUUGUGAGAGGGAGUUCUGCAGCAGUUACCAAAACACCUGAAAGGGCUGAAACAGUUGAAAGACAAGGAGAGGACAGUGCCUCUGAGCAAAAAGUGGACAACAAAGGCGAGGGACAGGAGGAGGAGGGAAGCACUUCUCAGCAUCAAUCCUCAAUACCCCCCAAACAACUGCAAGGCACAUCCGAAGCUGGAGUUACUGUAGCGUUCCAUGUUCUGGUUUCUUCAGUGUUUGAAUUCUCGGACAGAAAACUUUCCAUAAGAACAGGAGGAGUUGAGUUUGGAGAUUUUGAAUGUAGCUGUGUUGAUUUGUGUGCAGUAGACCAGCCUAACAAACGGAAAGAAAAGGAUUAUCUUCAACAUUUUCGAGGCCAGCUCACUUUGACCCCUGACCAAGCUCUCGAGGGUACUAGUUACAGUUAUGUUGUGACCACUGGAGAAAACCAGUUCUGGGAGGACUUGACCGAGUUUUUGUCAAGACGUGGAGCCACUAGCAAUAUUAGGAGGGCAUUAAAGAUUCCGAAUGAUCAUAUUCAACCGGGUGUGACAUGGAAUCAAUUUGAUGGAGUGGCGUAUUUUUACGACGAACAGUCCGAUUUAAAACUAAUGGACCAGAAAGCUGAAUAUUACACUAUGGCGUUUCAUUCUUACCUGCCAAAAUGGAAAGGCUUUCUUUUGAACGAGGCAACUGAUAUGAUGAAUGCCACAGAAGCAUUGACGAGACUGGAUAUUGUUGUGGAGUGCCUGUCAGGUGUUUGGGUACAAGAAGGUCUUAGCCAACCUAAAAAGAAGUCCACUAGUUUCAAUGAUCAAAAGGUAUUAUUUAACCUUUUGACGCCGAAACUGGAAGCCAACAUCACCAUCUUGACUAAAAGUAAAUUUGGGUCAAUGGAUCACUUGUCCGCACUGAUUUCAUCACUAGCUAUCAUUGUCGUGUUCAACAAGUACUCCAUACACCUGAAGAGAGAGAAAAGGAUCUCACUUUUGCGUUGUCUAUCCUUUGAAGCAGAGCUGCAUGGAGAACUGCAUUCUGUUUGUGAAAAGUUGUUGGCCGAAUUUAACAUUGAACUUAGGAAAACUGCCGCGAAAGCUUUGGAAAGCCUUUAUAAUAAGUGGAUAAAAUUUACCACCAAGAAGAUUGACUUAAGCUGGUUCCUGGCUGUUUUUAUGUCAACGCCUGCAAGAAACGAAGACACAAACUCAAGCGAUGGACAAAUUCUAGGAACACCUGAGACUACCAAAGCAACUCCUACAGAGUUGGUAAGCACAGGAUUUACUUCCGGAGAGAGACCUCCAGUACCUCAUCCUCGUUCAAUCGUUCAACUAGUCUCGCCAGAUGCUGGCCUUACUGUGGUAUUCCAUGUUCUUCUAGCAUCAAAUUUUAAAAUGACUGACGAGAGACUCUUUAUACGAGCAAACGGGGCUGCUUUGGGCGACUUUCAGGAGAACUGUGUCGAUAUGGUUCAAGUUGAAACCGAUAGGAGCAAAGACAACGACAAGCUUACGCUUUUUCGUGGGAAAUUCAUUUUAGAUCUUGAUCGAGCUCGCAAAGACAUUUUCUACAAAUACUUGGUGGUCAAAAAGGGAGUACUUCAUUGGGAAGAAUUACCUGAAGCUCCUUCUUCGUUCCUCUCCGAGGGCAUUUUUAACAGGGCUAUACGGAUCCCUGAAAAUGGUAUUAAAGCGGGUGCAACGUGGAAUCAAUUCGAUGGAGUAACGUACGUUUACGGAAAAAUGAGUAUGGUCUCUAAAGUAGUGGAUUACUUUUCCGGCAAGGAUAAGACGCCUGAGUUUAGAAAGAAGGCACUGCUGUGUUUCCUACCAAAAUGGAAGGGUUUUCGUUUGGACGGCACCCCUGUGAAAAUGGAUGCUACAGAAGCGGUGAAGAGUCUUUUUCAUGUCGUGGGAUGCCUUUCAAAUGUGUGGGCAGAGGAAUCUGGUAACCGUCGGAAGGGAAAUCUUACCGAUUUUAAUGUGCCAAUGGUCUUAUUGGACCAUUUGAAACCAAAGAUGAAGGAGAACGUUUCCACGUUGGCAAAAUGUCAAGUUGGAACAAGUGAUCACGUGUCUGCAGUAGUUUCAUCGCUAGCUAUCCUUCUUGUAGUAAAUAAGUAUGCUAUAGGCCUGAAAGGAGAGGAGUUGAACGCAAUGCUUAGUUGCUUAGCCCUUCAAGCGAACGCAACUGACAAAACGUGUUCCUCCUAUGAAGCAUUGCUCAAUGAGUUUGAUACCGAGCUUAGACAAUCUGCUGUUAGCGCCAUUGAAACGAUAUGUAAUCAGUCAAUGAAGCAAGUUCGGAAUUCCACUCCUGAGUGGCUACUGGCUCUGCCGCUGCUACAUUUCUUACGCGGAGACUCAAAGCCUUUUGAGGAACCUGAUAUUGGAGAACUUCCUGAGAACUCAGCUUGGUGGGGAGCUCAGAAACUAGCAAUAACAGAGUUUCAACGGUUGGAGAAACAGGAUUUUACAGAUGUGUGGCCUCGUCUUGUUGGCGCCUUUCAAGUUGAUCUUUUGUUGAAGAGAACCUUUCUCCGCGCACUCACUGUUUGGUCACUGCAAAAUUUCGUACCAACCGGACUUUUUGAAAUAUCGGACGUCUGCUUUGCUUUGAUCACGUUGUUUCCUCUUGGAAUUUUGACCAAUGAAAAGAAAAUCUGGAUCGAGCAGUGCAUUGUAUCCAUGAUCAACAUUCAAGAAAGUGGAAAAGAAAUAAUCAGUUCCAACACGAAGAUCAUGACGUUCAGAGUCUCUGCAAGUUCGAAGUUGGUCCAUGUAUGCCUGGGAACUCCUUAUUUCCGAGAGGAUAUUGAACUGAUUUGCCACGCAAUCAAGCUGCUGUUUUUAAGCAUACAACAUUGUCAACAAUCCGCAGUAGAAAGUCACACUGAGAAUCCAAACAAGCUUCAAGAAAUUGAAACCUUGAAAAAAGAGUGUCUGCAUCUUCUUUGGAAAGAGCUUAGAAGUAAGCUGCCAUCAGUACUUGAUGCCCACAUGCCCGACAACCACAAAAGUGGAGCUCUCUCAAGAGAACUUGAGGUAUGGAGUAUGUUCCUCAAAGUUACAGAUGGCACUCAAGGUUUCGAAGAGUACCGGAUGUACUUGAAGGAGCAUUUCAUGAACCGUGCCAAAAAGGUGAAGGACACCUAUCUUGUGGAAAUUUUUUGCGAGCAUAACAUGGAGGUUUAUGACAGAGGCAUCGGAGAAUCCAUUAGCAAACUUGCAUUCGAAGCUGUGGAAAGGAUAAUUGAGUCAAAGAAGGGUAAAGAUGCUCACCAUGCCUUUAUGACCUUACGCGGCUCUUCUUUGCGAGGUGAUUCACGUGCAGCCAAGUACGGGGAACUUUUGUCGGUGUUACUCGCGAAAUCCUGGCCAAAGACGCAUCGAGGGCGCAACAGGUCUGGACUGGACCUUUCGAUUGUAGAAUUUCUUCUCACUUGGAACCCAAUCGUUGAAUAUUUCCGUUUCUUUGGUGACGAGUCAGGAAGAGGAAGCAUUUUAUCGGAGGAAGGCCAGGAAACGUUGACAAAGGCUAAAUCUGUACUGACUGCAAUAGUAGAAAGCAUAUCAAAGGCCACUGUGACUGUUGAAAUCUUAUUGCUUUUACGGAAAAACAAGGAAAAGUUUUUGGAGCUCUCUAAAACAACAUUCAUUACCAACGAAGAAGCUAAUUCUGGCUCAAAGCGAGGAGUAGAAAGAAGUCUAGACGAACGAAUCGAAGAAAUAGAGGAGUACCAAGCUAUUAAAGAGAAAGUGCAGUCAUUUCUUUAUAUGUGUGACUUGAUUCAGCCAGUAAAUGUUGACAAUAUCAGGGCAAAAACAAUUAAAGACGUCUCUUGUUACCAACUAUGUCAAUUGUGCGAACGAAACGACGACAAGGAAGUUCAGUUCAAGUUCUUGGAAAUACCUCCAGCGAUGAAACAAGUAUUAACGCCGCUUCACAAAGUCCAGGAAAGUUCCAUUUUUCAGGAUCUUUGGACACAGUAUGGUAAGAAAGCCCAAAGAAUCAGAAAGAAUGGCGAGAGCAAGAUGCCUCAUCUCAGUGUCUCUGAAGUGGUUGAACAUGUUUGGAAAACAGCUUUCAGUGAGUGGAGCAAACAUUUAAGUGGCAUUGUGGAUGGAACUGUGACUCUAGGAGAUGUUGAGAAACUUUUUAAAGGUUUCAAGUCCAAGGAGAAAAAACUUGAGUGUGAGUUAAUCCGCAUGUUUCAACUGAGCCAGACCCAAACUACGACAUUAUCCGAAGAAUUGCGAGGAGUAAUUGACGAUCGAAAAGCUCAGAUUCAGCGGUACCAACAGUUUUGUCAGUACCUUGAUGCAGCUGAGACUAUCUGGCAAUUUAAGGAGGCUAUGGGCUUUACUGGGGACUUUACGGUCAUUCAAGAUUUGCGCAAUCAGUAUUCGGCAGAGUUCAAAGAGAAGCCUUUAAACAGCAUAGGGGAAAGAUUUAUGGAGGCUGGUCUGGCACUGAAGUCUGUGGAUUUCGCUAAAGAAAAGUGUUUCCGAAGUUUGGUUGACAGCAAACGUCUUGUAGAGUGGCUGCGCGCUGCUAUUAAAACAACCCAAGAACUAAAGGUUCUUGUGGACUUGGCCUUGAUCUCUGCUGGUGAAAGUGAUAUGGAAACUGACCGCAUAUCCAGUCUGCAUACCAGCUGCUUAGGCUUUGCGCCGCUGAUCUUUGACCUGAUUGAAACCCAAGAACAGAGAGUGGGCUUUGACCAACUGAUGAAGGCAUGUAAUCCUGUAUGGAAAGCAGUGGAGGCAGAUCAGUUGUUGCCCCGAAAACUGUAUGACACAAGCAGAAACCUGGACUGGUUAAAAACGGUCAAAGAGUCUCAUGGGUCUGUUGCUAUGACGUCGUUAGUACAGGCUACGACCAUCAACUCCAGCGGUGUAUAUGUUGUGGGUCACUUAGACUUCAAGAGAGGUCCGUCACCAGAACAAGGAAAACGGUUGUCGUUGAAAGAUGUGAUCCUACUGACGGUUCCUUCGAGAGAUGGAAGUGAGAGGAAGGACCAGAAGAAAACUUACUCUAUUGACGAACUUAAGGAUUUACAGAGCAAACUGAUGUUGAUUGCAGGAAAGGCUGAAAAAGGGAAGGAUGACGUGGAACAGUUUGUGAGGAAUCUGGAAGGCGUCAUGCGUUUAGCUAUUGCAUACAUAAACCUCUACGAAUCUGGGUUUGUUCAUCGCAUGGAUUGGAAUCGAGAGUUUCACUGUGAAAAUGAUUUCGUGGAGGGAAAAUCUAUCGCAAAGGAUCUGGAAGAUGAAAGCAAAUCCAUGGAAACUUGUUACUCUAACUGGAAAAAGAUGGUUAGUGAUGCAAGAGAGGAGUUUAGGGAAUUGAAUUUUUUCACAACUCAGCAGUUGAUGACACUGAGGAAGGAAAUCGCCACAGUUUGCCACAGUAGCGGCCUUGCUGUAAACAAUGUCCAAGUUCUUACCCUGCUAGAAAGCGUUCGUCCCAACUGUACUAACGAACAUUUGAAAUCAGCGAUACAACGGGCUUUCAAGGACAAAGGUCUUCUUGAUAACACUAAAGGCCCAGCUGAGCUGCCAUCAUUCUCUCCUGAUCCUCUACAAUACGAGAUGGUAACUCGUAGGUCAGUGUUUGAAAAGGCAAGUUAUUCGACAGGAAUCGGUGUGCCUCCAGUCCACGCUGCGUUUGUUAAAAAGCCAAAGCAAAAGAAAACAUCCAAGAUUCAAAGUUUCUUAAACGUUGCUGCCGAUGAGGGUUUUUCGGAACAAAUCGCAUUAGCUGCUCUUGCGAGUCUGGGUGUUGAUGCUGAAGAGGACGACUUACUGUAUUGGUGUUUAGAAGAAGCCGAUGAGGCUAUCAUUGAGGCUCUUUACGAGGAUGCAAAGCAGAACCCCGUGACUGUACGAGAAAUCUUCUCAAAAGAAGUCGAUUCUGUUGAUCCCGAGUUUCAAGCGGCGGAUCUAAGUGUAAACGAAAGCGGGUCAGACUUGUUACUCGACAUAUCACCGAAGCUCAUUGAAAAAGACCUUGCCGAUCAGAAAACGAGUAAGGACGAAGAGGCAGAGAUCAGUCAGUAUCUUACACUCACGCAGCUGGGAAACUUCCUCACGGAGCUUUCAGUAAAAGGGAAACAGGCAACACCUCGUACAUUUCCAGCAUUCUUGAAAAGAGGAAGACCCAACCUCAUGCUUGUUCCAAAAGGUGAAAUUCUUGCGACAGUCCUCACUCUGUAUAUGCAUGACAAGCAACAGCCGUUACCAAGUCAUGAAGAGGUUCUCCUUUGUAGUCCUGAAACCACUACAGAAGAGAUCGAGCUGCUGUGGAGACGAGCCAUUGGGGACAUGGAAGGUCGAUUCUACUGCCUCGUUCAUGCAGAUGUAUUGGACUUCUCUGUCAGCAAACAAGCAAUGGACAUGCUGAGGGUGGUGACGCAGGGACUUGCUGGCAAGCCUGGAGAAAAUUAUGGCCUGGUGGUCAUCUGCAGUAGCGAGAAUGAAGAUCGUGCUAACGUAGUGGCAGCUCUUGAUCAGUAUCGUGUCGCUUCCCCACCUUGUCCUUCGCCUGAAGUCCUCAAAAAAUACCUUAAGCGUCAGCUCAAGGCACCUCCUCCUCAGCACGGAUUCAUCGGAAGCAGUAAGAUUACGUGGACUGUAGCUGGAUCUUUGGAUCCAGAGAGACUUUGUGUCCGAGUUGUCUCGUCUCAUCGCGGAGGCAUGGGAAAGACUCUGUUUGUUCGUCGCUUAACAGAACAGCUGCCUGACCUUGCAAACAAUGAAAUGGUUGUAACAAAUUUGCGCAGCCAAGACUGCAACGCAUUAUUGCAUGUAACUGUACCACUCCAUGGGAAUUCCACCGACUCAUCAAUGGUUGUGGAUGCACUUCUGCCUCACACAGUGAAGGCCAAUGUGCCACUCUCCCGGAUUUUCCAUGUCGACGUAUCACCUUCAAUGAGACGUGGUUUAGAUACACUUCUUUUUAACCUUCUGGUCCUUGGCUACCUUUGUGACAAGAUGGGAAGAGUAUGGAGAAGACGAACCACAGACCUGUACGUCAUUGAGGUUACGACAGCAGCUCCCCUACCCACCGGACUCACCAAGGAAGAGGAAUAUGAAAGACAAGGGGUGGGAAAAAACCAAAGUCAAUCUGGAAGAUCCACUUUAUCAAAACGGCCUUUCUAUGAUCUGUUGCCCACUGUUCACUGUAAUACACCAAGAACUGUUCUGCGCUGCUUAGCAGAUACUCAAGAUCUAAAGGACUGCAAUCCUUUGUUUGAUGUCAAAGAAUUUCAAAACGCACCGUUUCAGAGGGUCUAUCACUAUUUUAAACUGUCGACGAAAGGAAAAAGUCUGGAUAAUUUCACAUUCCUGCCAGAAAAUGUUGAUGAUGAUCGAAAGACAUGCCUUUCGCUCCUUCUCAGUAACUGUGGUAUUCCCGAUCCUUCUUGGUCGGAGAUUCGUCAUUUCGUGAGUUUUUUGAACUCGCAGCUGAAGGAUUGGGAAAAGAGUUUGUACUGUGACAUGAAGCUGAUGAGGACUAUCCUAGCGGGACCUAAUGUGCUGAAUCUUGAAGGUUUCUGGUCGUUCGUUGUGCGCUUUAUGAUACAAAUGUCAAGGGAUUUUGCUACCCCCUCAUUGACGGACGAGAACCCUGUAUUUUACACGGAGGAUAACGUGGAACUGGAACAAAAAGAGAUCGAACAGUUUCAGCUCAGAAGAAGCUGGGAAAGCAGUCCUCAUCCAUACCUUUUCUUCAACCAAGACCACAUCACUCUGACCUUUCUUGGUUUCUUCAUAAAUUCUGCGGGUGACCUUGUUGACCCUCAAACGGGCCAGACUUUGGAGAGAGGUUUGAUGUCCAAACGUUUACGUAAUGGACUGCAAGCUCAGCGUAUCGAUUUUACAACAAACAUAGAGACGUCGAGGAAACGGGACAAGAUAAAUCAGUUAUGUUCUGUGAUGGGUGUUAACUGGUUGCACGAUCCAGACAAUACCUAUGAACUUACUACAGACAAUGUUAAGAAGAUUCUGGCCAUUCACAUGAGAUUCAGAUGCAACAUUCCCGUGAUCGUGAUGGGUGAGACAGGCUGUGGUAAGACACGCCUCAUACGAUACUUGUGCGCGUUGCAAGCCGGUCCUAAAGGACCCCGAAACAUGCUUCUAAUUAAGGUUCAUGGUGGUACAACGUACGAAGACAUUGAGCUUAAAGUUCGCCAAGCGGAAGAUAUGGCUCGCGCGAAUCAAGACAAGAAUAUUGACACGGUUCUUUUCUUUGAUGAAGCCAACACUACUGAAGCACUAACUAUGAUUAAAGAGGUUAUGGUGGACCGAAGAAUCAAUGGACGGCCCAUUGGGCAAGGCUUACAAAGGCUGCAGUUUAUUGCUGCCUGUAAUCCUUACAAAAGACACACGGAUGACAUGAUUCGCAAACUUGAGUCAGAGGGGCUUGGAUAUCACGUGAAUGCACAUGAAUCAGAAGAUCGGCUUGGUCAUAUUCCAUUGCGUCAUCUUGUGUACCGUGUACACGCCCUCCCAGGAAGCAUGCGCCCUUUGAUAUGGGAUUUUGGCCAAUUGAAACCCGAUGUUGAGAGACUGUACACCAAUCAAAUCGUCAACCGUUACAUUAUUCGUGAAAAGCAAUUACCAGGAGACUCAUUUACAGUACAGGCAGUUGCAGAAGUUCUGGCAGCUUCGCAGAAGUAUAUGAGAGCUCAAUCGGAUGAGUGUAGCUUUGUUAGUCUUCGUGAUGUUGAGAGAGCCAUGCAAGUGAUGGUCUGGUUUUAUGAACACAUGGAUACGCUCGGUAAACUGAUGGACAUGGUGUUAGCUAAGCGACGAAUGAAGGAGGGCUUGGAUGACGAUGAUGAGGCUUUAAAUCCUCUAACGCGUGCCCUGGUACUCGCCAUUGGUGUCUGCUAUCACGCUAAGCUACAGAAGCGGCGGGAAGGAUAUCGAAUAGCAGUGGCAAAGAGCUUCAAGGCGCCAUGUAUUCUUCCAGGUGGUCAGGAGCGAAUCCUACGUGAAAUUUCAAGUUGUCAAAAAGCUGUGCUAAACGAUUUGGAACUUGGCCCCAACAUAGCUCGCAACACAGCCUUGAGCGAGAAUGUGUUUAUGAUGGUGGUGUGCAUUGAGCUCAGGAUCCCACUAUUUGUGGUUGGGAAACCGGGCAGCUCAAAAUCGUUGGCCAAGACGGUUGUCGCUGAUAACAUGCAAGGCGAUGCUGCAAGAUCGCCACUAUUCAAGACCUUCAAGCAGGUUCAUAUGGCAUCAUAUCAGUGCAGUCCUCUUUCAACCCCUGAGGGUAUCAUGGCGACUUUCAAGCAGUGUAGCAAGUUACAGGAAGGAAAAAAUCUAGACAAGUUUGUUUCAGUUGUAGUCCUUGAUGAGGUUGGCCUUGCUGAGGAUUCUCCUCUCAUGCCCCUAAAAACCUUACAUCCAUUGCUCGAGGAAGGUGUCACCUCUGCUGAUGACGUUAUUGAGACUGACGAGAAACCACAGCGUGUAGCUUUUGUUGGAAUCUCAAAUUGGGCCCUGGAUCCUGCCAAAAUGAACCGUGGAAUUAUGCUGUCGCGUGGGGUGCCCGAAAAAGAUGAACUUGUAGACAGUGCAAUGGGAAUCUGUUCUACGGAUGUAGGGGUGAAAAAUCUUAUUCAACCACUCAUAUCUCCACUGGCUGAUGGAUAUGCAGAACUUUACAAGAAACAGAAGCAUUUUGCAACCUUAAAGAAAUGGGGCAAAGAAGAAUUUUUCGGUCUCCGUGACUUCUAUAGCCUAAUCAAGAUGGUGUACUCGAUCGCUGCGAAAUCUGAACAUAGACCUUGUUGGUCCGAACUAGAACAUGCUAUCAAGAGGAACUUUGGUGGCUUGAUUGAAGGAGACCCUGUGGAGAUAUUCAAACGAUACUAUCCUGAAACAGAUGAUGAUGUUGCAAAAGCCUGCACGACAAUAAGGUUAAUCGAGGCAAGUCUUGGAAGGGAAGACGUGGCUGACCGAACUAAUUUCAGUGAGAACCGUUACCUCCUGAUAUUGACUGAAAACUAUGCUGCGCUACCCAUCGUACAACAGCUUCUUUUGAAGAGGUCAGAAGAUGCUGUUGUGAUCUUUGGAAGCAGUUUUCCAAAUGACCAGGAAUACACUCAGAUUUGCCGCAACAUCAAUCGUAUCAAGGUCUGUAUGGAAACAGGAAGAACCGUGAUCUUGUUGAACCUUGAGAGUCUUUACGAGAGUCUUUACGAUGCCUUAAAUCAGUACUAUGUGUACUUUGGAGGGCAGAAGUAUGUGGAUCUUGGGCUUGGUACUCACCGUGUAAAGUGUCGGGUUCAUGACGAUUUCAAGUUGAUAGUGAUUGCCGAAAAGGACGUGGUGUACAACAAAUUUCCUAUACCGCUGAUCAACCGUUUAGAGAAACACUUCCUUGUCACCUUAACAAGUUUAACUCCUGAACAGGGAGAUGUAGUACAGGAAAUGAAUCUCUGGGCUUGUAAGUUUUCUGAGGUUUCGAGAGAGAGUGGAUGUAACAGGGAUUUCUCCAUCGGGGACGCUUUCGUUGGAUUCCACGAUGACACAAUCCCCUCCAUUGUGAUGCAAGUCUGCAAUGAAAAUAAAAGAGAGGAAAAUUUAUCAGCCAGUGAUCGCACAGAGGAUACAAAGGAAACGAAACUGAUGUCCAAGGUACUUCGAAGAUGUCAGAUGAUGCUUCUGGAGAUGGCUACACCUGAUGCAAUUGCUCGUCUUCCAUACACUGCUCUGGAAAGUGAAGCUCGUUCCAUCUGGAAUGUCUACUUUAAAGAGCAACAACAUUCAAGUCUGGCAGCGUUCAUGUCGCAUGUGCUUACCUUGAAUGAUAAUCAUCAAGGUGAAAGGCGUCAGGAAGGGCUCUCGAUUCAGGUAACUACCCAUUCACGUCUGCUCUCCAACAAAGAUUUGGAUGAAAUAAGUAAUCAAACUGAUUUUAGACGUUCGAAUGUGGUUUUAAUGACACUGCAACAAUUCCAAACGGAGCAGCAGUUUAGAGCUUCGGUCAGGGAUUUUUUUAAGCGUUUGGGCGGAAAAUGUCCUUGCAUUCUAGUGGUUCAGUGUGAUUCGGGUGAUGAAAAUUUCAACCUGAUUGCUGGUGCAAGGCACAUUCUGCUAGAGGAACGAACAAAUGCACCUGAAAUACUCGAUUUGCCUUCGGUGCAAGCUGUCCACAUUUUGCUGGUCAUACAGCUACCAAGAAUUGCUGGUGGAUGUCAUAACUUUGUCGGUUUCCAGGGUGGGAAAUGGAUGUCUGCUCACAUUGAUGAACUUCGUCCACCUGGUGGGCACACUCCUUCCAUCGAGCAACUCACCGAUCGUCCUAUCAGUGAGCUUUGUGGCUUGGGAAGUGGAGUAGCAAUGGCAGUGGAGCUCCUACGUAACUGUGUACAGGCGGCUGCUUGUAGAAUUGAUAGCGAAACGGAAUCAGCCGAACGGUCAACUCAUAGGAUUGAGCUGCUUUUGGAUUUACUACCUGAUGACUAUCAAACACAGAGAGAUGAGGAGUCAUUUGCAAGCGUAUUAGUACAAAGGACAUACUACCUCUUAAUGGAAAAAGAGGCUACUGCAUACGAUGCACAGAUAUGGCUUCACUCAGAAGCUCUCUCUGGAACAGGGGUGCAAGAGUGGGGCACCUUUAGAAAGGCCCUUUUGCAAAGAAUGUAUUCAGUGGUGGUGCCCAUUUUGGCUGAGAUCAUCGCAUUUGCAGACAGGGACAUGAACUUGGACUUGGUAAAGAGUGACAAUAGUUGGGUUUCAAAGCUGUGGUUGAAGAUUUUAGCUGACCCUACCUUUUCAGAACUGAGUUACAGCGAAAUGAUAUCACCUGCUACUAAUUCUGUGCGGGAACGUGUUCAAGUCAUUGGCUCUGGAGCUGAGGGUCACAAGUUCUGUAGCCGGUUUCCAUUUUCGUUCCUUAUAAAGGAACGCGUGGAGAACAUGGUUAAAGAGGCAUCUAGCACCUCAGCUUUACCCGGUUCUAGUACCACCCUGUUGGUCGCAUUACGUGAUAUGAUCGACAAUUCGCAACUGGGACUUCUCUUCAAGGAAUUACGCCAUGAAGACUCCGUUGCUUCGCAAUACCUGAUGGAUUUCGUACACAUGGUGCACAAACCUUCAAACGAUAAUGAAUACGAGCUUGUGUACGAAGCGAUUCUUUCGUCUGCGAGAGAACUUGGUAUCCUGGAUGAUGAAGAUGAUAACGAGUCGAUUGACAUAGCUCUCGUUCAUGUCGCACACAGUAGAGUUCAACACCGUUUAAAGUAUUUUGAUACAAUUGUCAAAAUGAAUCCAAGUCUUAUCCCGCGACUACGUGAAGUACUUCAAGGAAGUGAGCCAGAAGUGCUUUUGGAUGUGGUAGCAUUGCAAAUUUGUCUUGAAGCGAUCGAGCCAUCACGAGAAAUGUUGCUUUUUCCGGACACAAGACAAAUUUGGUGUGACAGAGUUUUGUCUAUGAGACCAGCGGUGGAAGACAUGAUAAGGAAAGAGAGGUUCGGACCUGUCACGGAGAAAUGUUCAAACUAUGGAGAGAGAUCGACAGUACUGCUUGAUCGCUGCAGGUCCAUGUGGCAGCGAAUCGGAGCCGUCAGACUCUUUAUAGAGCACGUGACUUUGUUCGCUGAGGAAGAUGAAAAAGCCAACUCCGAGAAUGUAACUAUUUUGUGGAAGGCUUUGGGGGAUGAAACAGACUUUUCUUCGCUGAGAUCACUGCAGGCCUUGGAAAAAUUCUUAGUUAACUACAGUGAAGACGUUAGGCAGAGGACCAAUGAAAAGGCGGCAACCGAGUUACGCCGCCGAUGUAAUGCCUUUUUCAUGGAGCUGGUGUCAAUAUUCUGUUUUGGUGACUCGGUGUCAAAGGACCUUGAACAGGAAGCUAUCACUCUACUUAUGCAUUAUGUCGUCGGUCAUCAAUCAUCUCAGACAAAGGAUUUCUCUCCAUUCCCUGAUCAUGCUAUUGACCCCACUCCUGUGGUGUGUUCAUUUCUUCUCCAGUUGUUAUUACGUUCAAGAACAGAGCUGGUGAAAAAUCAUUUAGGAGACUUCUUGAAAGGGGCUAAGAACUUAAAACGAGAACCUUCGCAUAUCAAGGAAGUCUCCCUUUUGUAUGUUCAGUGCAGGGAGGACUUAUUUGUGAGCCAGUAUCAAGCCAAGUUUGCAGACAGGAGGUUGACAUUAAAACUCAAACAUGCCACAGAGAAUUGCGAAGGGACAGUCACAGCUCUUACGCACAUUGACGAGGAUUCUGCUGAGAUGAGCGCUCGUUCUCUGGAGGGAGUUGCUAAGGGACGUUUCGUCUUAUCAUUGGUUGUAGAGCUCCUUUACAAGUUAUUUAUUGAGGGAGACAGUAGCUACAGAGACGAAAAAGUUAAAAGAGAAGUAACAAAGUUAUUAGUGUCUGCAAGGAAGCUUUGCUUGGAAAUGUCGAGUUCCACACCGCAGCUCUACCUACUUAAACAGCUUGUCAGGCGGUAUGGCUUGGACUGUGUUCGGACUUUGGGUCAAUUUAAGGAACUAGAAUGGAUUCUACCCUCAGAGACUCGACAGCAGGAGGAUGUGAUCCUAGACAGGUUUCUUGUUCAUGGAGACCAUUACCGUGCUGUCCGUGAGGGAUUGGCCAAAACUGUCAUCAGUGGGAACAUCCAAGACAUUGUCUCUGUCAUUACGGAAGCUGGAUCACAAGUUGUCUACAACAAUGUACCUCUUCUCCUCGCGAUGUACCGUGAACUAACAAUGGAAAAUGUUUCACCAGUUCAGACACAGAAUUUGUCCCAGGAGGUGAGGAAAAAGCUUGAUGAUUUUAUAACAAAUGGAGGACACUUUUCUGAAACGGCCCAACCUUUCGCCAAAGAACUUCUUGCGAACCGUCAAGGAGGACAUCUCUGGGAACUUCAAAUCUACAAUGGUAAAAGCCCACAGGAGCAGACCUUGGCUGAAAUUGUGAUCCACACAGCGGUAGCCUUACAGUGCGUUGGUUCAGGAUCCUUGGCUCAACCUCUCUUCGCCCUUAUGUCGGAUCCAUCGACCAUGAACAAUUCGUUUCUACCAACAAUGCCUGAGGAUAACUAUCUCGAGUGCAUUAAUGUCAUAGCUGAAACUAUGAAGGGAACAGGUUGGGUCGGAGAGUGGUAUGAGUGCAGCAAUCUCAACUGCAGACAUCCGUAUUUUAUUGGGGAGUGCUCGAAACCAAUGGAGAAGAGCACUUGUCCUGGAUGUGGAAGGGUCUUAGGAGGGGAGCAGCUCACGUUUUCAGAAGUAUCUAAAGUUUCUAACAGGAAAGACAGGACGAAGACUGGUCACGCCCUCGGAGUACCCGGUUCUAGACCUACUCACGCUGAGCCGCAGAGAGACAUGCCACCGGUAGUGUGCAGUCUCUUGAGGACUUUAAUGCAAUCGGCUAUGGUCAUGGGAGCCUCCAAAUAUCCCCAGGAAAUCGCACAGCUGAUCACACCUCCAUGCCCGUCUCAGUGUGAGGGGCAAUUCUUAUGGCAGCACUUACAGAGAGACCUUGAUGUCCUCGGUAGAGCACUGGGGCGCAGUGUUGACGACGCAGCUCUUACUGUUCAUUUAGCAUUACAGAGAAUGAUCUUCUUAAAUGGAGGA